ACUGUCUUCCGCAGUCAAAUAGAGGGAAUAAGGAAAAGGGGAGAUUGUGAUUGGGCAACAUUAGAUAAAGCUGACGAAAGAAUAUUUCCUAUGCAAAAGAGCUAAAGAUACACAGCUGUAGGAGGAGCUGAAAAAGGACAGUUCCUAACAAAAGGUUAUGCUAGCAGCAGACUCAGACGACUCCAACUUCAGCACCAUGAACACUUCAUUAGCAAGACUCCACUUUGCAGGAGGCUAUCAGCCCUAUGACUCCAAGGACUGGAGGUCCAUCAUUCCUGCUUUUUUGGUGGCAAUCUGUUUAGUAGGUUUUGCAGGGAACCUGUGUGUGAUCAGCAUUCUCCUACAUGGUGCUUGGAGAGGAAAAUCAUCCAUGAUCAACUCCCUGAUUUUAAACCUGAGCCUAGCUGAUCUCUUUCUCCUGCUAUUUUCUGCACCUCUUCGGGCAGCAGCAUACUCCAAAGGUGUUUGGGAUAUGGGAUGGUUUGUCUGCAAAUCCUCUGACUGGUUCACCCACACAUGCAUGGCAGCCAAGAGUCUAACAAUUGUUGUGGUAGCAAAAGCAUGCUUUAUGUAUGCAAGCAACCCAGCCAAGCAAAUGAAUAUCAACAACUGCACAAUAUGGACAGUACUGGUAGUCAUCUGGGCCACGGCUUGCCUCUUACCCUUGCCGGAAUGGUUCUUUAGCACCAUUAGACACCACGAAGGUGUGGAGAUGUGCAUCAUGGAUGUGCCAGCUCUGGCCCAGGAGUUCACUUCUAUGUUUGGUAAGCUCUACCCUCUCCUUGUAUUUUGCCUUCCUUUGCUCUUUGCUGGCAUGUAUUUUUGGAAGGCUUACUGUCAGUACCAAUGCAGAGGAACCAAGACCCCAAAUUUGAGAAACCAGAUCCGAUCCAGGCGACUCACAAUGAUGCUGUUAAGUGUCACUAUAACUUCUGCCAUCAUGUGGCUACCAGAAUGGAUAGCCUGGCUAUGGGUAUGGCAUCUAAAGACAGGAAGCCCUGUUCCACCUCAAGGUUUUAUAGCCGUAUCUCAAGUCCUUAUGUUUUCUAUCUCUUCUGCAAACCCUUUCAUUUUCUUAGCAAUGUCUGAAGAAUUUAAAGGCUUCAAAGAUUUCUGGAAAUGGCUGACAUCAAAAAAGCCUCUACCUGACCCAAAUUUGCAAGGAACACCAGCCAGUAACUCACAGGUCAUUUCAGAAAACGUCCAAUCUCAAGAGCCCCUGCCAUCUGUACCAGACAAAGAGAAACCUGGAUCUUCCCCCUCUGGUGAAGAGAAAACAGACAAGGAGAUUCCCAUCCUACCUGAUGUGGAACAGUUUUGGCAUGAAAGGGACAUUGCCCCUACUGAGCAAGACAAUGACCCUAUCCCCUGGGAACAUGGUUCUGAGGCAGCAGGUUGUAGUAAAUGAAAUUACAAGGUCCAAAGCCAAAUGAAGAUGUGUAUUUAUUGUAUUUGCAUAUACUGUUGCUUACCAAUAUUGCUUAAGAUUUCACUAUGUAAAAAUCUGGUAAUAUUAUCUUUGCUCUUGGUUGUGCUCAAGAAAUGUCUUGCUAUCAAAGCUUUCAAAAUCAUAUUUCCAAUUAGUAGGAAUAUCUUUACAUUAGGUAAAACAAUGAUGCUUAGACUACUUGAAAUAAAAAUUUUCAAGUACAAUGCUCAACUUUUCAUAUUCUAAGUUGUUUUUCUCUCUGAGUUUAGAUUUUGGACCAUGCCAUUUACCCUCUUCUCUUUCCUUGUCAACCCAUAGAACUGACAGCAGAGUUGGUUGAAAAACAGUGCAAUUGAUGGCUGUACCAAGGUGGCUCUUCAUGCAAAACUAUGCUUCAGAUGAGAUGGGCCUUAACCCAUUUCUUUGUCCUCCUUGGCACUAAAAAAGUCAGUCAACUAAGCAAUUUUAAAGUAUGUUUGAUAUCAAAUUAAUUUCUAUUUCAUACAAUCAGAAUGCAAAAUAUACACUUAACAGAUUCAGAAUUCAGUUAUUUUCAAUGCAUAAACAAAUAAGCUUUAUUUAAUUCUGGCAAAUUUAACUAACCAGCUACCUUCAAGGAAAUUAGACACUAGGAAUUACUUGACAUUUUUCCUAGUGUUCAUACUGAUUUGCAAUCGCUCAUGUAAUUUGGCAUUUUGUUGUUACUGUUGUUUCUUUUUAGGAAAGGACUAUAGAGCUCUCCUACCUAACCAAACUUAAUACCUGAAAAACUCUUCAGGUUUAAAGCUUAAGAUUUUACUCAUUCAGCAAGAAGAUCAACUUAAAAGGCCAUUUGUUAACUAGUAAUUUAAUAAAUCUUAAAGGCUACUUUUUCCUAACCAUUCCUCUGAGAUAAAAUAUUCAUAAAGUGCUUUGCAAACUCUAAAGUGCUAUGUAAAUGCUAUUAUUAAACCCUAGAAAAAUAGAAUGUGGUCCUUAAUCUACCAGUUAAAAGACUUUGAAAGUUAUCCCUCUCUAAUACCCUCUACUUAUGUCGGGAUCCCUCUUAAAAUUGAGGGUAUGGUUACUGCCUUCAGAAGUUACCAGAGAUGGAAAAGUUUGUUUUUCAGUCUAAAAUCUGUCUCUCAAAGUAAGUACAUGAUAAAUUUAAAAAAAAAAAACCAAGGCUUAAUUAAGCCAUCAUAUUGAAUUUGAUCACUAGAACAUUUAGAACAAUAUGGUAUCUCCAAAUGACAGUAGUGGUAAAUGUGUAACAGGGAAGAGAAGGAACACAGAGAGGCAGAGAACUUGGUUUAAUAAAGGGACAGAAACUAAAAAAUGCAAAGACAAUGCAGGAAAAAAGGGGGGGAGGGGGGGAAUAUUGGAAAAGAAAUUCCAAGGCUUUAAAUCAAACUUUUCUCUCCCCAUAAAAGUAAAUAGGAAAAUGCCAAUUAUCAGACACCUCACUAAUCCAGAACUUUAUAACUGACUAAAUAACAUCUUGUCAUGAAUGUAAUUAUAAAUGCAUCAUUCUUCCUAUAAUACAGAAAGCAUCUAGUGGGACUAGUUACCUUUGUUCCCAGAAUUCUAAUGGGGUUUCUAAGUAUAUUUCCAUUGUUGGGUUCCCUCAGAAAUGCCUUAAGGCAAAAAAGACAGAGGUAGAAUAGAGAAAUUGGAGGAGGAAGACACUGUGGAGAGAAAAGAAGCACUUUUUAAAAUAAGUGAUAAUUUGCAGGGUUUCUUAUUUAUUCUACAGAAGCUUAAGUGGAGGGUUGUUUAUAUUUACCCCCACCUUAUAAAUUAUGAUAAGACUCACUAUGCUCACAAUGCCACAGAAAGAUAACCCACAACAGUACUACUUUCCACAAGAGUCCAAAGAAUUGUUUAGUGAUGCAUGUAUCUUACAGAUUAAAUAUCUUUCAAUGCUUUAUCAUAAGUUGUAUGAAUUUGUGUUCUAUGUUCUCUAUAUACUUUAAAUUUUUAAUGUAAGAUGACAUUGUUGAUGUCAUUUUUACUUAUGAACAAAUAAAAACAAACAUGCCUUACUGACAA